AUCGGUUCAUCAGAUAUUGCCUGCCUCCGAACGCGCAAACCCGCCCCAAUCAGCAGCCAGCAAACUCUCACGUAUUCGAAACCGCAGACCGCCGACAUGAGCAGCAAAGACAAUCCCAACCUCACCCCCCAUCCCUCGUUGCCUGCGCGUCCACCUCCAUCCACCUAUUCCGCCCCACCACAGCGCAACAACAAUGCCAACAAUGCCAACACCGCCAGCGGAGGUGGUAGCGGCGCGCGAACCUAUAGCGGUUUCACUCCACGAGCAGUGGUAGCCCAGUCUCCUGUCCAGAUUGCUGCACCGCCGACUGUUUACUCUCAGCCGACUGUGAGCGCCCCAUACCAACCUACAACUUACUCGUCCAGCAAUACUUACUACCCUACCUAUCAAGCCUAUGGCAAUUCCGCCCCAGCAGCUGCCUACUCGGCACCCACUGCUGUGAACAGCGGAUAUCCCAGCAAUUACGACCCUGAGGAGGAAGCUCGCAUUGCUGAAUGGAACAGCGCGUAUACUCGUGGAGACAACGAGGGGAAGAAACCCGUAGCGACACACACUGCAGCUCGCGUUGAUGCCAAUCAGACCACUGGUUCGCAAACCGGAGCAACGGGCUCGGACAAGCAGAAAACUGUUCUUCGAGAGGCAGGCGGGAAAACUUGGGAGGAUCCAUCUUUGCUUGAGUGGAAUCCUCAACAUCCUCGCUUAUUCAUUGGCAAUCUUGCUGGCGAAGUGACUGACGAUUCUCUACUCAAGGCCUUUUCCAAGUAUCCUUCUGUGGUCAAGGCGCGCGUUGUUCGCGACAAGAGGUCAACCAAAAGCAAGAGUUAUGGAUUUGUGAGCUUUUCUGACACCGACGAUUACUUCCGCGCUGCCAAGGAGAUGCAGGGCAAGUAUAUCGGCAGCCACCCUGUCUUAAUCAAGCGAGCGACUUCGGAAGUCAAGGCCACGGUAAAACGUGAUGACAGGCACGGCAAAUAUGGAAAGAACAAUAAGAACAACAAUAAGAACAAGAACAACAAGAACAAAGGGGCCACCGCCGAAGGAGCAACUACAAUGCCUGGUAUGGUUCCAUUCUCUACAACCAACGGUGUGCACAAGAAGGGGAAAAAUGCUGGACCACGAAUGCUGGGGUGA